AUGGCCAGAUCCAAGUUUGUGGCACUUAGCUUUAUCGUCCUCCUUAGCAUUGGACUGACCAAUGCUACAAGGGUAGCUCGAUAUGUGAGCGCCGGAGGCGGCGGUGGUGGAGGAGGUGGCGGUGGUUCCGGGAAUGGUUCCGGGUGGGGCUCUGGAUCUGGAUCUGGAUACGGCCAGGUCGGUGGGUCAUCUGGUGGAGCAUAUGCUAGUGGAGGUGGCGGUGGAGGAGGUGGAGGAGGUGGGCAGAACGGUGGAUCUGGAUAUGGUUCUGGAUCUGGUUCAGGAUAUGGCCAGGCUAGUGGAUAUGGGUCUCAUGGUGGUGCAUAUGCUCAAGGAGGCGGUCAAGGUGGUGGGGCAAAUGGUGGGACUGGAUAUGGUUCUGGGUCUGGCUUUGGAUAUGGUCAAGCUGGCAGCUAUGGUCCUCAUGGCGGAGCAUAUGCUCAAGGUGGCGGACAAGGGGGUGGCGGCGGCGGUGGAUAUAAUGGUGGAUCAGGUUAUGGUUCCGGCUCUGGCUCUGGGUAUGGUCAAGCUGGUGGAUACGGACCUUAUGGUGGUGGAUAUGCCCAUGCAGGCGGUCAAGGUGGUGGCGGUGGUGGUGGUCAGAGUGGUACAGGUGGCCAUGGAUAUGGAAGUGGCUCGGGAAGCGGCUCUGGGUCUGCCUAUAGUGGUGGCCACCCAUAA